GUAUCCCGGAAGGUGGCGGAAUGUUGACUCCCACCCUCCCCGAAUUGCUUCUUGUUUGAACAACCUUACGUUUACCUUGGUGAACAUAAGGUGUAUCAAUCAUGGCUCCAUCCGGUGGAAUAUGGGCUCCUAUAGCCUUGAAUGUUUUAAAGAAUGCCAUACGGGCUUCACAACUUAUCAAGAGGCGCCUCGCAGAGGCAGCCCAACGCACUGCGACUGCUUCGUCUGAGCCAGUCCCAAUCCUUGUUCGAAACACCCCGAGACACCCCAUCAGCAAGGCAGCCUGGCUGCGCCAGAGCAAGGGAAGAUGGUACACAACACACAGCACGAUCAACGCCACCGUCCGGCGCUUUAUGAGCACCGGCUCUGCGAACGGCGUCAAAUUCGAUCGGUCCUCGUUCCCCAAGUCCGCCAUCGGCACGACCAUCCUGCGCUCCACCACCCGCGCUCCGUUCUGCUCGACACUGCGACCAAACCUUACGGGUGGCGCUCUCCCCAGAACUGCCGGCGGAUACAGCCUCGGAGGCGGACGAACAGGCGGGGCAAGAUACUUCUCUCACACUCCCGCCGCACCAGCACAGGUCGUGAACAAUGUCUCUGCCGCCGUCCGCGCCUUCUGGCUCUCCGGCCACAAGGCCCAAUUCGACGGACUCACCGAACGCGGUGACAAGCGCUACCGCACCAUUAGCGCCCUCCAGGACGAGACGAGCCGCAAGAUGUCAUCUGUCACCAAGGCCUCCCCCGGCGCCUUCGUUGACUUCCGCUUCAACCCCACCGUCACGGCACUCAGCCCACUCGCCGCCGCCCUGCCCACCGCACACUUCGCCGAGGCACCAACCCUGAACACGGACGGCUUCCUCGACGUUCUCUCGGUCGACUUCGCACGUGCCCUCAAGGACUUCACAGCCAUCAUGAACGAUCUGAAGCGGCUAUCCGCACUCGGAGACCUCAGCGUGACACUCGAGCCUGGCUCCAUCCUGCGCGUCCGCUUCCCCGGCUGCGAUGCCGACACCGUAGAGCGCCUCUGCGACGAGAUCGGCGUGCGUCGCGGGAUCAUUCAGCAGGAUCCCGAUUUCGACGCCAGUUAUGGGGGUCAAGUCGCGCUGCUCUUUCCUUUCGCGAGUACCACCGGUAAGGCACUGUCCAGUCCUGGAGGGUCUUUGAGGUCGCAGACGGGUCAUGAGUUGGAGUAUGACCAGCUCAGUGAGUAUAAGGAGUUUGACGAGUUUGGCGAUAACCCCUGGCUCUCGUCGCCGGAUGGCUAUGAGACGAUGGAGGAGCUGAGCGAGACGGAGAGUAUGUAUUUUGGACAGGGGGGUAGUCCGGGUCUGAGUCGGCAUGACCAGGAUGCGGGUUAUGUGGAGGGUAUCUAUCGGUUCAUUGAGACUUGUGAUGGUGCCAGGAGGAAUUGAUGUAGUAUACGAUUGGGCUUGCUUUUUUCCUUUGUUUGGUGGGUGAAUAGGGGGUCGGGGGCUUGGGUCCGGUGUUUUACGGGCUGUCUAAGCCGUCGUCACUCUCUACUAUGACUUUUCUAUGCCGAUUUUGAUAUUUUUUACAAUGUAUCUAUCCUCUGGUGAGGUUUAGGGAUGAUAUAUCCAAUCGCUAAAUUUAUAUACUUGAAAUUUGAAAUAACGAUAAUAAAUCAUGACAUG